AUGCAUAUAAAUAAAAAUUCUCCAUUUUUUUAGCAUGACAGUAGCAGUCCUUUGCUGAUCACACCACCUUCAACAGAGACUCACUGGGCUGUCAGGGUGGAAGAAAAAGCAAAGUUUGAUGGUAUUUUUGAAAGCCUUUUGCCAGUAAAUGGUUUACUUUCAGGAGACAAAGUAAAACCAGUACUGAUGAAUUCAAAGCUACCUCUUGAUAUCCUUGGAAGGGUCUGGGAUCUCAGUGAUAUUGAUAAAGAUGGUCACCUGGACAAGGAUGAAUUUGCUGUGGCAAUGCAUUUGGUUUAUAGAGCUCUUGAGAAAGAGUCAGUCCCUUCACAAUUGCCCCCUUCUCUCAUACCACCUUCUAAAAGAAAGAAGAUGCCCGUGUUCCCUGGAGCAGUUCCUGUUCUCCCUGCGAGCCCCCCACCCAAAGACAGCCUGCGUUCCACCCCCUCCCACGGCAGUGUCAACAGCCUGAACAGCACAGGGAGCCUCUCCCCCAAGCACAGCAUCAAACAAACCCAGGGUGAUCUGGUUUUUUUUACCAGGGCUUUGGCAGACACGAGGCAGAUGGGGAAGCUCAGCAAAGACCAGUUUGCACUUGCCAUGUAUCUCAUUCAACAGAAGGUCAGCAAAGGGAUUGAUCCUCCCCAAGUGUUAUCCCCAGAUAUGAUCCCUCCCACAGAGAGGAACACUCCCAUCCAGGACAGUGCAAGUUCUGUUGGAUCAGGAGAAUUCACAGGAGUGAAGGAGCUGGAUGAUAUUAGCCAAGAAAUCGCUCAGCUGCAGAGAGAAAAAUAUUCACUAGAGCAGGACAUUAGGGAAAAGGAAGAAUCAAUCAGACAGAAAACCAAUGAAGUUCAGGAACUGCAGAAUGACUUAGACAGGGAGACAAGUACCUUGCAAGAGCUGGAGGCUCAGAAACAAGAUGCCCAGGACAGGCUGGAUGAGAUGGACCAGCAGAAAGCCAAGCUGAAGGAUAUGCUCAAUGAUGUCAGGCAGAAAUGCCAGGAAGAAACCCAGGUGAUUUCAUCACUAAAAAUGCAGAUUCAAUCUCAGGAAUCAGAUUUAAAAUUACAGGAAGAUGACCUUAACAGAGCAAAAGCAGAACUGAAUCGCCUGCAGCAGGAAGAGACUCAGCUGGAGCAGAGUAUCCAGGCUGGAAAAGUGCAGCUUGAAACAAUAAUCAAAUCUUUAAAAUCAACACAGGAAGAAAUAAACCAGGCAAGAAGUAAACUUUCCCAACUGCAAGAGAGCCACCAGGAAGUCAACAAGAGCAUAGAGGAAUACAAUGAAGCUCUCAAUGGGAUCCAUGGGGGCAGCCUGACCAAUUUAGCAGAUAUGAGUGAAGGCCUUGGACAGACAGAAAGAAGCAAUUAUGGAACUAUGGAUGAUCCAUUUAAGAACAAAGCCUUGAUGUUUACCAAUAAUACACAAGAAUUGCAUACAGACCCAUUCCAGUCAGAAGAUCCUUUCAAAUCUGAUCCAUUUAAGGGAGCAGAUCCCUUCAAAGGCAGUGACCCAUUCCAGCAUGAUCCUUUUGCAGAACAGCCCCCUGCUCCAGCAGAUCCCUUUGGAGGUGAUCCCUUCAAGGAGAGUGACCCAUUUCGGAGUUCUGCCCCUGAGGAUUUCUUCAAGAAACCAGUGAAGAGCGACCCAUUUACCUCAGAUCCAUUCACAAAGCCCCCUGCUUUACCCUCAAAGCCUGACCCUUUUGAAAGCACUGAUCCUUUUACGUCUUCCAGUAUCUCUUCAAAAGGUCCAGAUCCAUUUGGAACACUGGAUCCAUUUGGAAGUGGUGCUUUCAGUAGUGGGGAGGGAUUUGCAGACUUCAGUCAGAUGUCAAAGUCAGCAGCUCCUGACCCCUUUGCCUCCUCUUUUGGAGGGGUGGGAUUUUCAGAUGACCCUUUCAAAAGCAAAUCAGACACACCAGCAUUACCACCCAAGAAAAAUGUCCCUCCACGACCCAAGCCACCCAGUGGUAAAAGCACUCCUGUCAGCCACCUUGGGCCUGCAGAUUUUCCCAAGCCCCAUGAUCCAUUCCAGCCAUUUGGGGCUGACAGCAGUGACCCGUUUCAAAGUAAAAAGGGGUUUGGGGACCCAUUUAGUGGAAAAGAUCCAUUUGCUCCCUCCUCUUCAAGUAAAACUUCUAAAGACUCUUCCUUGGGGUUUGCAGACUUCAGCUCUUUUGGAAAUGAGGAGCAGCAGCUGGCCUGGGCCAAGAGGGAGAGUGAGAAAGCAGAGCAAGAAAGACUGGCCCGGUUGCGGAGACAAGAACAAGAAGACCUCGAGUUGGCCAUUGCCCUCAGUAAGGCUGACAUGCCAAACUCCUAAAGAGGGGCUUGGGCUCCACCCUAUCCAAGAGAAACCUUGGAAAAUGGCUUUUGGUAAAAAUACUAAACCCUUGGUUUCUGUUGUGAAAAUAAUUUUAGUCACCUUCAGAUUUAAACAAGACCUGGCUGGGGGCGUCCGCCCGGGCUCUGUGUGGCUUCUCUCAAGUGCAUAAUCUGCAGGAAACACUGUAAUAAGCUGUAUUAUAUGUUCUAGAUAAAAAAUUUAUUGCUUGUAAGAAAUUUAACGUAUAAUCCUGAGAUACUGAAAGUUUUCUUUUAUCUGGAGGACAAAUGUUGCACAUAGGAAACUGCAACAUGUGAACCUGGCUUUUUAUAACCUGAAUUCCAUUGGGGGUUUGGAGGCUGCAGGAUGAACUUCAAAGAAAACAUCAUAAAAAAGAGAAUAUUUACAGAAUUAGCUUUCACUUGUUACAUUUAUUUAAUAAUUCAUGGUAGCCUAAUCAGUUUGUCACCUGCAUCAUCUAUGUCAAAGCAUAAUUCAUUGUUAGAUGGUCCCUUUUAAUCCAGAAGAUGUGGCUUUUACAAAAGAAUCUAGCAGUUUAUAUAUGAUGAAUACAAACAGUGAACUGUGUGAAAGAGUACAGACUUGAAGCCUUUAUGAAUGAGUAGUUCUAAUUUAAACAUUUGUUUGUGUUGAGUUUUAAUCAUUGUAUGUGACGUGGUAAAAGAGGGAGUUCAUUCAGCUGUAGUAAACUGGAUAAAUCAUUUGGCAGUUCAAUUAUGAAGUAAAAUUUUGCUGUAUCAUAAGCAAAGGGUGGUGAUACACGUUUGGGUGCUGCUUUCAUGUGAAAUCAGGAAAUCAAGCAGUGGAAAAAUGGCUGAGUUUGAGGAGUGUCCCUCCCUACAACCCACUGUACCCUCAUUUACUCCAACACCAGCACAACAGCCCGGGCUGUGUCCCCACCUCUGCUUCUUGAAUUCCACCAGUCCUAUGGGGUUACAGAUCAAACCUGAUUUAGCUGAAAUAAGGCCAAGUUGAAUCAGUUUUUAUUUGCCAAAUACAUAUUCACACAUAAGUUCUGGCAGCACUGGUGGGCUGGGUUGGCUCUGAAAUCCAGUUUGCAGCCCCCAGAGCAGGCAGGGACAGGUUUUCUAUGCACUGACUGCUUCCACCUGGAAAGGGCAGCACAGCAUGUGUCUGACAUGUCAUACAAAAAAAAUAAGGCUGUGAAUUCAUUACUUACUAAAAAUGCCUUUUCUGAUUACAGGAAUUCUAAAACUACAGUUGUCUUUGCCUUGGACUUUUCUGUCUCAUAGAGUAGGGAAUCUACCCCAACAUUUUUACGUGUCCUCAGUCUUAUUUCCUGCCCUGUGGGAAUACAAAGCUUAACAUUCUGGGGGUUUAGUGAUGCAGCCCUUAUCUUACAACAUUUUCUCAUUUUUUGUUGUUUUUUUUUAAUGUGGUAUUCCUUCAUCACCUUUAAUGCAUUUCUAGUUUUUAUGUCCUUGCUUCAGUUACCUUUAUUUUCAUAUUACAACAAUAGUGCCUGUUCAGUGGAUGCAAACAACCUCUCCCUGCUGUGUUGUGAUUGCCUUAUUCUGGAUGCUUUCCUAAUGCAGAGAUAAGAAUCAGAUUGGAUCAUUUUAAGCAUCUUGGUAGUUUUCAGCUCUGAAAUGCAGCCAAGAUGUGCCAUUUGUGGUCUCAGGCUUUGGGGUGGUGGGUGAGUGUGCAAACACACACUUCCAGCCACCUUUGGGAUGUUGUUUUUAGGAGUCACAAUCCCCUCUUUGCUGUGUGUCUCCUGUGCUAAUGGUACUACAAAUAAUGUGAAUCUUUAAUUCCCCUCACAAGGGGAGAAGAUGUAUUUCUAAUAUCAAAAUCAACCAUGUAAUCAUCUUUAAUACUGUCCUUUAAUGGCCCCUUUGGGAUGCAUUUCUAAUUUCACAGAAUCAGAUUUGAAAUCCCUUCCCACUGUGGUAAUUUUUCUCUAAAAUAUGUAGGAUUAAAUGAUCAAACAUACUAAAAUGUUGAAAAAUUCUCUUUUCUGUUGGUGUGCAGGACUUGAAGUCUCUGAGAGCAAACUUGGGUCUGCUUGUAACUAACAUGAGAUAAAAAGAGCAAUUUUCAAAAGCAAGUGGCUGCAGGGUUUCCAGGGAAGUUAAACAAACUAUCCAUGUGUAAAAUUCUCCUUCUCACUUGGACCUGAGUCCUUGUGGGGUCUCUUUUGCUACAGUAAAACCGCUUUUGAGAAAGGAAACCCACUCCUGGAGCUCUGCUGGGAUGGUGUCACUCCAGUGGGACAGGGUGGAUGACUUAAUAGCUUGAUUAAUUUUCAGUUAUGCACCAUAACAAGACUUCCUGCUGCUUUGUCAGGGCUCUAAAAUACUGUAAUUUAUAAUUCUUCUAAGGCAAUGGGUUGGUGUUUUCAAGAUGUUCAGCAGGAAGGCAGAAAUGUGAAUUAAUCCAGCAUUCCAUGUAGUGUUAGGGCUCAUUUUCCUAUUUCCUUAUUGACUCUUCCUCAUAUUUGCUUGGACAGUAACUGCAGAUCAAUGAACCAGGACAGAACAUGUUCUCUAUGCACAGUGUAUUAGAUUUAGGAACCCUAAGUUUACUGAAACACUCUUGAUUCAAAAUGUUGGCACUGCAGUAGAAGAAAACUUAGCUGUGAUUUCUCCCCUUGGUAUUUAAUACAUUUUCCACAUAAAAAGGAAGAUUCCCCACUGUGUUUCCCUCUGCUGUAACUCAGUAUUUGUACAAUACCUGCACUUGUUCUUUAAGGCAAAACUUUAGUGCAAGACAUUGGUCUUCUUCCUCCAGAACAGUGAAAUUUAAAGCACAAACAGACCUGUUGCUAUUUGAGCAGAGAAAAUAUGUACAAUGCAAGAGCUGGCAAAUGUGAGUAUCCCCAGUGCAUAUACAGUGUACAGUGAGAUCCAUAUUAUCUGUGUCUAUGUGUAUAUAUAUAUAUAUAUAGUGUAUUGUAUAAUGUAAUAAUAGUGUGUGUAUAUACUCCACAUGUCCACAUGCUCUGUCCAGUAUAUAGUUCUUUGUGCUGUACAUAAAAUGUGUAUAUACAAUGAAUAUGUGGAAUAUGCAGAUAUAUUCUGCAUAUUGAAGUUGUGUGUGUGUGUGGAUUCUGUAACCAGAGAUGGGUACAGAAAUGGAAUUUGUACAGAAACACAGGUUAGCUCAUGACUCUGAGAAUUUCAAAGUUCUGGUGAAAGAAAGAAAGGAAAAAAAAAA